AUGUCAAUUGACUUGUCGUCAUCCUCAAAGAAGAAGCAUCACGAUGACAUUUUAAACAAGUUUGGUCUCGAUGUGAACAUUACACUUGUUGGAUCUGGUGGUUUUGGUUGUGUGUACAAGGUUGAUGUGUCAGAAAAUUGCUAUGCCAUAAAGGCAGUUGAUUUUGUGGAGGAUAAUCAAAUUUCGGAGAAACCAACAAGAAGUGAAGUGGUUAUAGAAGCCAUGAGAGAUUUUAAACAUGAGAGAUUGUUGAAUAUUAUGGAGAGGUUUGAAGUGGACUAUACUUUGUACAUGGUUUCGAAUUUUUGCAAAUACGAAACAUUGGAACAAAUUGGAGGAUAUUUGAAACUAGAUGAAUACCAUUGUUUGUUGAUACUGAAUCAAUUACUGGAAGGUUUAGAAUAUUUGCAUUCCCAAAAACUCAUACAUAGAGAUAUUAAACCUAGUAAUGUCCUAGUGGAAUCAAUAGAUCCUACACGAGUUAUUCUCGCAGAUUUUGGGUUAUUAUUGCAUGAGCAUGGAAAUAGAGCUGAUCAAAUGUGUGGUACCUUAUACUAUCUGCCUCCUGAAAUUUCCCCAACAGGAGGAAAACGAUUCACCUUCGCAGCUGAUAUUUAUUCACUCGGAUUGACCAUAAUUUCAAUGAUGGGAGUUCAUAUUCAGUUUCCAAGAACCUCACUUACUGUCAAAGGUCAAGUAAUUCAGGGACUAAGGGAGAAAUUAAGUAAGGCAACUAUAGAUAUCCUAUUGGAUAUGAUUCAUCCGUCACCUUCUCUCAGAGCUAACUUUUGCACAAACUUAAAAAAGAGAGUCAAUCAAGUGAUGAAAACUCUUGAAAACACUGAAAAUCUCUAUCAGAAUCGGCAAAUGUAUGAAGAUAUUGAGGAAACUGCCUUUUACAAAAUUGGUUAUUUCCUAAACGAAGUUGUGGAUAUUAUAACCAAUACCAAAACAGCAAAUAUUAUUUAA